GCUUACGUCCUGUCAGUGGAGCAUCAUCAGCCUCAAACGGCCCCUUUAAGAAAACAGCACUGAACACUGACGAAACGUCCUCGGCCCAGCUCCCCAUACAGCUCCCUGCCUGUUAGUGCGAAAUCAACAAGAGGCUCAGAGGAGGCUAGUGUCUGCGACCUCCAAGCUAACAGCGGUGCUGAGGGAGACUGUUAUCAGACAGGGGGAGACGUGACCGGGGUUUACCCGACCAGGAGACGACAUUUAGUCAGUUCAUAGAAAUAAGAGGGGAUUGCUGGGAUGAACGGACCAUAUUUGCAGUUCGGGCACUACUGUGGACUUCCAGAGCAGCAGCAGGUGUACUGACGGAUAAAGCAGACUAAAGACAAUCUCAGUGUUCAUGAAACUUUGCUACGAUUUACGUGCAGGGGUAGCCGUCCACCAUGUUAAGAUAAAGCCCAGGUGUGCGGUGCUGACCAUGCUAAAGCGCCUGGACAAGAUCCGCUUUCGAGGCUCUAGGACGAGGGACGACUUCUCGGACCUGGCUGAGUCACCACCUGCCUCUGACAACGAAUGUACCGACGACAUGCAGCUGAAACCUAGAUCAGCUCUACGGGACACAGAGGACCCUGCAGGUACGGGGUCUCCAAUCAUGGCUGCAGCCAACCAGGACUACCAGAGGUCGGAUGUAGAAAGACUGAAUGAAGUCAAAGGUCACCUGGAAAUUGCAUUAUUGGAGAAGCACUUUCUUCAGGAGGAGCUGAGGAAGCUGCGAGAAGAGACUGAUAUGGACUCUUUGCGGCAGGAGCUAGAGAGAGAGAGAUGCAAGAGGAUAGACCUGGAGCAGAAGAUAAAUGAAGUGCUUAAGACACGACCUGAGGACUCUCCACCACAGCCUCCCCGGCAACAGCAGUCAACCUCGGACAAUGGAACAGCAGAGAAGCAGCUCAAGGAGAUUUGGAGUUCACGGCUUCAGAAGUGGCUUCAAGAACGAUUAGGUGUUUACAUCGAAGACUUCCGAUUUCAGCCAGAGGAAAGCACAAUGGAGGCUGAGGAACCACUAAGUGCUAAAAGGUUAACAGAAAAUAUGAGGCGACUCAAGCGAGGAGCCCGGCCUGUAACAAACUUCUUAAGGAAUCUCUCUGCCUUAUCUAGCUGGCACUCCAUCUAUACCUCAGCUAUUGCUUUCAUUGUCUACAUGAACGCUGCUUGGCAUGGCUGGGCCAUUCCCAUGUUCCUCUUCCUUGCAAUCCUGCGCUUGUCCUUAAAUUACCUUAUAGCCAGAGGUUGGAGGAUCCAGUGGAGCAUUGUGCCUGAGGUCUCAGAACCCAUGGAGCCCCCAAAGGAAGACCUCACAGUAUCUGAAAAGUUCCAGCUUGUACUUGAUGUAGCACAAAAAGCACAGAACCUUUUUGGUAAGAUGUCUGAUGUUCUGGAGAAGAUAAAGAACCUGUUCAUGUGGGUGCAGCCAGAAAGCACCAGGAAGCUCUAUAUCUGCCUCUGGUUAGCUUUCGUCACCUCCUGUGUCCUGCCUUACAAACUACUGGGCUUUAUGAUGGGACUUUAUGCAGGUGUGAAGUUCUUCAUCAUAGACUUCCUGUUUAAGAGCUGUCCGAAACUGCGGGACAAGUACGACACACCUUACAUUGUGUGGAACAGCCUUCCCACUGACCCUCAGCUCAAAGAGAGGACCAAUGCCACUUUGUCCCGAAGGGUUCAACCAGUAGUUUCUCGGAGCACCCUCACCACUGUUCCAUGCGGUGUAAGCAGAGAGGAAGAGACAAGUCGCACCCACAGCACCAAAAAGGGUGCCUUUCAUGAGAUCUUCAAUCUGCAGGAGUCAGAGCGUCCUCUGGCCGUUUGUGAGAAUGGCUGGAGAUGUUGCCUCAUAAACAGAGACAGGAAGAUGCCCACAGACUACAUCAGGAAUGGUGUGCUCUACGUCACAGAGAAUCACCUGUGCUUUGAAAGCUCCAGCUCCAAAUCCAGCUCUUCGAAGAAAAACAAAGUUAUCAAGCUUGUGGAUAUCACUGACAUUCAGAAGUACAAAGUGCUGUCAGUCCUACCAGGAAGUGGUAUGGGCAUCUCUAUUGCCACUCCCUCCACACAGAAGCCAUUGGUGUUUGGUGCUAUGAUCCACAGAGAUGAGGCUUUUGAGGCCAUCUUUACCCAGUACAUGAAGAUCAUGACCACCACCAAACCACCGGCAAGUACAGAGCUCUGACCAGCCUACAUCCCACCAUCAGAUUAACAAACUGGGGUUGAGAAGCUGGACGAUGCUUUUCAAGAUCCCACUCCUUUGUGUCCUCAGGUGGUCAACUUCACUGAUGGUCAUAGGCCUGCUUUUAGUGAUUUGAACAUUUUUGAAGGGACAUGUGGGUGUUUGUUACGUGUAGUAUGAACUGAGUUACAUGACACACUUAGAGAAGUUGUCAGAACAUAAACAACUGGCCCUUAACCGGCUCUAGGAUGAUGAAGUAUCUGUAUUGUUUAAAGAAAUUGGAACAAGGUUGAUUUUCCUCUCCCACCUGACUUGUUUUUGUGUGGCCCAAAAGAAGGCUCCUGAAUGCUCCAUUUUCUUAUUCUUUAGUGGGUUGACUUCGACUGUGGUCGAUUUGAAUCAUCAUUCAAGUCCGAUCAAUAACAUAAAUUAGAACAUAAACAGGGAAGUCCUUUAAACUGGCAGAUAUCUAUAGAAACAAAUACAUAAGUUUUAUUUUUCAAAUCACUGCAAAGACAAAUGUUAAUGUUUAAGUAUUUACACAAUGAACUGGAUGAUUGUUGCAAUCUGGAAUAGCUCAAAUAGUAAGAAGAUACAGGUAUGAAUGGUCAGGUUUUUAUCUAUAGCAGCUGAGAUCAUAAUGUCAUGAACACAGAGCCUUUCUCCUAGUUUACAUUGCUGCUGCACUGAUUCCUGAUUUUCCCUUUCUUUGUAGGCAACAUAUGUGCAGCUAAAGUGUUUUUAGUGUUCUGACCUAUAGAAAAUGUACACUGAGUUCUGUAUCAGUGUUGUUGUUUAUGAGUGUUUGCAUUUGUGAACCAAGUAAUGAAAUUAUUUUCCUUUUUCUCUCAACAUUGCCUUUCUCUUGUAACAAACUGCCUUUGGAGAGAAGCUCUACUGAUACCGGAUCUAGUGAUUAGGUCUGGCACAAGAGCACAAUGUUGGAUGGUUUAAACACUAACUGCCAUUUAGAGCUUUGUCACAAUGGAGAAAAUAGACUCCUGUGUAUAUUUAUCUCAUUUCAAGGCACAAUUUGUACAUAUAUAGGGGGUAUUUUUGUCUUCAAUGGUUCUCCCUGCACUUUGUCAGGACGUCAACUGGAAUUUUUGAUAAUUAUGUUGAUACUAAUCCUUCGAUGCUCUACUUCAGCUAGAAUCCAAUGUCAGAGUUGGACAAAAAAUAAAUACCAUAGGACACAACUUAUAGUUGCAAAAACUAGCAGCUGCCAGCAGAGGUCACUUUCCACUAGUCUAACAUCCAAAUUUCACCAUAAACGUGGAUAGGAAAGCUGGAGAGAGACAGGAAAAGUGGGGAAGUAGAGAGUGGGGGAUGAUAUAAAUGGUAGAGGCCAGGAGUCAAACCUGCGAUCACUGCGACAAGGACUAAAGCCUCUGUAUAAGGGGAGCGCGCUUACGGCCAAAUUCCACUGGAUCCGUGUCCGGACUGUCUCUGAUCCAUCACGGCACCAGAGUUGAUAGGUUUCUAUUCUAGUCAAUGUGUUAACUUCCACUGGAGCCGCUCUGUUGUAUUCCAGCUGCGUCUCUGAUCCGUCACGCCGGAGCUCUCCGAAUCAGGUAUGUAAGACUUCUAUUUUUGCCGGAUGCCAGAGGAUGAUGCAUCAAUCUCAACAGAGCAGAUGGAGAGGGACAGGUAGUCAGGCUCCAAGAAAAAAAUUAAACUUCCAGUUAAUUUUCAGACAUAACUUAUAGUUGUUAAACUAGCAGCUGCCAGCAGAGAUCACUCUCCACUAGUCUAACGGGAAAAUUCCACCGCAUCCGUGUUUGAUCCGUCUCCGAUCUGUCCACCGGAGUUGAUAGGUUUCUAUUCUAGUCAAUGUUUUAACUCCCACUGGAUCCACUCCGUUGCGUUUUGACUUUUAUUUUGCCAGAUGCCGGAGCACAAGGCAUAAAUCUCAACAGAGCAGAUGGAGCGGGACAGGAAGUCAGUCACCAAAACAACAUUAAAGCAUCCAGUUCAUUUUCAGAAUAAAACUGUGUUAUCGACAGAUUGUUUUUCACUAACUACAACAACAAACUGUCAUGAUGAGUGGAGCCAGACAGGUCAACAGGUCAGAGGUUUUCAGAGGUUGAUAAAGACAACAUGGAUGAGGAGAGGAGUCGGAUAUGUAAUAAUGCAGUAAUUACUGCGGGGAAACCCCAGUCACAUGACUUCAGCUGUCCGGCGGCCCUGCUCCGUGCAGCGUUCUGAAAACGCAACCGAUGUGUGUUGACGGAUGAGGCAGCACGUACACGGAUAUGGUGGAAGUCCUGGGCAAGGGGAAGCACAAAUGUGGUCUUGACACUUCAUAUUAACACUAAAUAAAAGUCUAAAAAUCACUUUCUGACUACUGGCAAAGGAAUUUUAAAUUGUUUUGGCUGUAUUUAAAUUUUGGAAUUUAAAAUCUAAAUGUAAUUGAGUGAUCUCACUUUCAUAAACAAUCUGUUGUAUGAGGUUGUUGUAUGAGGUACAUGGUCGCAGAUUUCCUGCAUUACAUUUUUUAAACAAGUAUUUGUCCUAAAGUUAGGGUCAUGGGUUAUAAAACAUGACUUUUUUUAAUUCUCAUGUUUCUCUUUCUAUCAAACCAGACAAAUUGGUUUCAUUUCCCUGCCAUCAGAUGAUUUAUAAGUAGACUCUUUUUAUUCUGAACAUUGUUUGGCUAAAUAUCUAGAGUAGAAAGAUUAUUUUCAGCAUUGCUUUUUUUUAAGAUGCCAUAAACAAAAAUAAGACUGAUGUUUGCUUUCACAGGAUGGUUUCAAUCGAAAACAUAUAAUGCCAGACCACACCAAAUGCUUUAAUAUGUCCCGUUAAAUGAAUGGAGAUUUGAUGGGGGUUUAAUGGAUUUAUUUCAGAUUGUUUUGACAAACAUAGCAGGUCUAGGCCAUACUCUAUGUUAAAUGAUUAACAAAGACCCAACAUCAUGACAGGAUAUGAUCCAGUCCCCUCUUACUGACAGGACUCGACCUUAUCUCAUCUUAAUCCACCAUGAGCAUUGCACCUUGCAGUAUUUAGCUAGUUACAGCGGCAAGGAAAAACAUCCAUCUAACAGGUAGAAACCUCAAGCAGGACCAGACUCAUUUUAGACAGCCAUUUGCUUCGACCGAGUUAGGGUUGGAAAGAGGGAUACAGGAGAAUAAGAGAGACUCUUAUUCACUUGUGUGACCUUCUCUUAAGUAAGAAAAACGAAACGAAACAGAACAGAGGGUUUUUUUCUGUUAUCUACCCACCGGAUUAAAGUUGUCGUGGACUCUUUUUCAGUACUUUAUAGUUUUUUUUAUAUUUUCCUGUUAGAAACAACUAGACUGGAUAUGAAAUUGUCAUAAAGACAAUGGACCAUUUUUAAUAAUUACAUUAUUAUUAAAUUUUCAAAGUAUUUAAAGAUAGACUUUGUUUUGUUUUGUUAAUUUUUAUGUUUGUUGUUGACAUCCAUGUAUUUACCAGGCAUAAUUUGGUCUCCCACAGAAAAGAAAACUUCCUAGCCAUCGAUUCUCGAAUGGUUGAAUUCAUGUUGGUGAACCUGGUAAAGAAAUUAGCCAUGUGUCACUUUGUGAUUGUAUGUAGUCCUUGAGCUUUUUAUAUGAAGCUUUGUGCAAUCUGUUAACUUUGGAAAUCAACUGUUGGGGGUCCUGUAAGACCUUAGCAAGCCUGCACUCAGAUAAAACAGAAUGUAUAAUGUUGGAAUUUAUUUUUUUCGUCUGUUUUUUACUUUUCUUUUGCCAAAUUUUUGAUCUGCUAUAUUUUGCCUACAAUCAUGUUUACAGAAGUAAAAAAUAAUAUGUGGGUCUAUUAUUAGAAAUAACUUUUUUGUCAUUUUUCUUCAGAAUCCAGUUUGAAUUUCUUUUGACUUAGGAAUUAUGAAAACUGGACUGUUCUUCUUUCUUCUUAUGUUUUAAGAAAUAAGAAACUCAAGUCAUGCUAACAAGAUUAAAAUAAUAAACCUCAGAUUUUCAUGCCUAACAUCAAAGUUUGUGAUAACAGUAUUGUUAGUCGAAAAUCCGGCUACAUACAGAGUCAUGUCUAGCAACAAUACUAUCACUGUUCAAAUGCAGUUGAGCACAUAUGUAGCUAGUAAGAAUUGGCCGCUACAGUCAGGUUCUAGUUUUUUGUUUUUUCUGUCUUUUAAAGGUGCAGUGUGUAGAAAUAGGAAUAUUUAGCGAUAUCUAGCUGUAAAAUUCUAGAUUUUAAUGCUUCCUUGCCCACGAACCUGUCAGCGAUCUGUCAUCAAUCAAUCAAUCAAUUGACCUUUAUUUGUAUGGCCCCAAAUCACAACAUUAUAAUAAAUAGUAUUCUCAAGACGCUUUUACAAACAUAGCAGGUCUAGACCACACUCUAUGUUAAAUGAUUAACAAAUACCCAACAUCAAGACAGGAUAAGUUUCAGUCCCCUCUUACUGAGAAGACUUGAUCUUAUCUCAUCUUGAUCCACCAUGAGCAUUGCACCUCGCAGUAUUUAGCUAGUUACAGCGACAAGGAAAAACUUCCUUUAACGGGCAGAAACCUUGAGAAGAACCAGACUCAUGUUGUCAUCUGCUUCGACUGAGUUGGGGUUGGAAAUAGGGAUAGAGGGGAUUAAGAGAGAGAGAUGAUAGUAAUGAGACAGAUAGUAUUAGUUGUAGAAGUAGCUGUUGCCUCUGGAGUCCCACACAUCCUUAGAAGCUGGAGUCUGGAACGUCCACAGCAGCAGGAUGUUUACGGCAGAGAUUCAGAGUAACCUAUGAGACAAUGGAGCUCAGUGACUCCAGAAAGGUCUAUAUUUAGUAACUUUAAUGGGACUGGGAGAGUUAAGAAAGUCAUGGUGGGUUGGGAUAGGAUCCCAGUGUGUCAGUCUAAGCCUAUAGCAACACAACUAAGAACUGGUCCAAGCUUGAGCCAGCUCUAACUAUAAGCUUUAUAAAAAAGGAAAGUUUGAAGCCUAAUCUUAAAAGUAGAGAGGGUGUCCGCCUUCUGGAAACUGACUGGUAGAUGAUUCCAUUUGAGAGGGUCCUAAAGGCUCUACCUCCCAUACUACUUGUAGAGACUUUAGGCACGACAAUUUGUGAAGCUUUUACUAUUAUGUACAAUUCCUAUCAAUACUAAAUCUUUUGCUGACAAUAACAAGCACUCUCUUCCCCAUCUUCAUCUACAUCAACUGGUGCAUUUUGGAUGGCCACUCAUGACUGGUUUGUCCGACCUGUAUCAUGAAUAUUAUAUUCCAUUUCUACCUAGUCUGCUCUGCUAAAUGCCACUAAAUACUACACACUGCACCUUAACAGUUUUAAGAUAGGUCAGUCACCAGUGGGUCAAGCUAUAAUGGCAAUACACCAAGAUGGCUAUUGCUGAAAUGGAUAUUAUGUAUGUAGUGUACCGUCAUUAUCAGUUGAAUAACUGAUAUAAUAGCUUGUCAAGUACAAAUUUUGUACGUUGACCAGGUCAUAUCAUACAACUUUUUAUGUUGAGCCUACAACCAGAAUAAAUGCUACUGGCUACCUAGCCCACUACUAGCAACCAAUCAAAGCUACGUUCUGUUUCUGUGCUUACAGAAGCAUUCUAGUCUUUGCCCUUUGACAAGACCCUUUGAAACUUUACUGAGAAAUGAAAUAAACAUUUUAAUUGG